AUGGAUCCUUUAAAGCCGGACGACGCGUCGGCCAAGGCUCUUAUGGCCAACGGGUCCCAGGCUUUCAACGACUAUCUAGCGUCCAAGAUCCAAGCAGGUCUGGGCCGUUCCCUGCCUCAGAUGGAGGUGAGAGUCAAGAACCUCAGCGUCUCAGCCGACGUCGUUGUUGGUCGACACGAAGACGGACGAGAGCUGCCCACACUCACGCACACCAUCAAGACGGCGGCACUCAAACUUUCGUCCUCGCAGCACGUGGUGCACAAGACCAUCUUGCGCAACUUCAGCGGCGUGUUCGAGCCCGGUACAAUCACGUUGGUACUCGGACAGCCGAGCUCCGGCAAGUCCUCGUUGAUGAAAGUGUUGAGUGGUCGUUUCCCUCAGGACAAGAGAGUGACAGUGGAGGGAGACAUCACGUACAACGGAGUGCCGCAGCUUGAACUAAGCAGUCGACUACCGCAGUUUGUGUCGUACGUGGACCAACACGACGUACACUUCCCGACGCUCACAGUGAUGGAGACGCUCGAGUUCGCUCACGCUUUCACUGGUGGCGAGUUGAUGCGUCGAGGUGACGAAUUGCUGACGAAUGGAUCAACGGAGGAGAAUUUGGAGGCUUUGAAGACGGUACAGACGCUCUUCCAGCACUACCCUGACAUUGUGAUCGAGCAACUGGGACUGCAGAAUUGCCAGAACACCAUAAAAUUGGCAACGGAAUGCUGCGUGUUUGGCAUGAAGUACAUGACGCUCAUGGACGAGAUCAGUACGGGACUGGACAGCGCCACGACCUUCGACAUCAUCACGACCCAACGCAGUAUUGCUAAAACACUGGGCAAGACUGUGGUGAUCUCUCUGUUACAGCCGUCGCCGGAGGUGUUUGAGCUCUUCGACAACGUGUUGAUCCUAAACGCCGGUGAGGUCAUGUACCAUGGUCCUCGUGCCCAAGCUUUGCCGUACUUCGAGAGUUUAGGCUUCCAUUGUCCGCCGCACCGUGACACGGCAGACUUCCUGUUGGAUCUUGGUACGAACCAGCAGGGUAAGUAUCAAGAUACGCUGCCUACGGGCAUGACGAAGCAUCCUCGUUGGCCAGCCGAAUUUGGAGAAAUUUUCCAGGAGUCAAGGAUUUAUCACGAUACGCUUGCGCGUCUUGAUGAGUCAUUGCAGCAGGACUUGACAGAUAAUGUCAAGACGCGCAUGGACCCCAUGCCAGAAUUUCACCAGUCGUUCCAAGAGAACACGUUGACUAUCUUCAAGCGGCAAAUGAUGGUCAUGCUGCGCAAUGUCGCCUUUAUCCGAGGAAGAGGCUUCAUGGUGAUCUUGAUUGGACUUCUGUACGGUAGUACGUUCUACCAGUUGAAGGCUACAGAUGCUCAAGUUGUGAUGGGAGUGUUGUUCCAAGCUGUUCUGUUCCUCGGACUGGGCCAAGCUGCUCAAAUCCCCACGUACUGUGACGCUCGCCCCAUUUUCUACAAGCAACGUGGCUCCAAUUUCCUCCGUACUACCUCCUAUGUCAUUGCCAAUUCGGCCAGUCAAAUCCCAUGGGCUGUAGCGGAGACGAUCGUGUUCGGGUCGCUGGUCUACUGGAUGUGCGGUCUCAAGUCGUCCGUGAAGGAGUUUGUGGUCUUUGAGGUCCUGCUACUGUUGACGAUUCUAGCCUUUGCAGCCUGGUUCUUCUUCUUGGCAGCCAUUUCUCCAAACCUCCACAUCGCCAAGCCCUUGUCCAUGGUAUCUGUAAUGUUCUUCGUGGUCUUUGCGGGAUUUGUCGUCCCCAAGAGCGAGAUGCCGGAUUAUUUCAUCUGGAUCUACUGGAUCGAUCCUAUCUCGUGGUGUCUUCGCGGUAUUGCCGUGAACCAGUACCGAGCGGAUGAGUUUAACGUGUGCGUAUACAAUGGCGUUGACUACUGCAGCACGUACCAGAUGCAAAUGGGCGAGUACUUCUUGUCGUUGUACGAUGUUCCGUCAUCCAAGAGCUGGGUUUGGCUCGCUGUGGCCUUCCUGCUAGCGACCUAUGUCGUGUUCCUGUUCUUCGGUGUCUUGGUGCUUGAAUAUAAGCGCUAUGAGAGCCCGGAGCACAUCACCUUGACAACUGAGAGCACAGAACCGGUUGCGACUGAUGAAUAUGCACUUGCCACGACGCCCACUAGCGGCAGAAAGACUCCAGCCAUGGGUGUGCAGAGUAGUGAUAAUGUCGCUCUCAAUGUCCGAGCCACCACCAAGAAGUUCGAGCCCGUUGUAAUCGCUUUCCAGGACUUGUGGUACUCAGUGCCAGAUCCUCAUAGCCCGAAGGAAUCGCUAACGCUACUCAAGGGUAUUAGCGGAUACGCGAUGCCAGGUUCCAUCACGGCUCUCAUGGGCUCUACGGGUGCUGGUAAGACGACGCUCAUGGAUGUGAUUGCUGGUCGGAAGACUGGAGGCACCAUUCAGGGCAAGAUCCUGCUCAAUGGCUACGAAGCGAAUGAUCUGGCCAUUCGACGCUGCACAGGCUACUGCGAACAAAUGGACAUCCACUCGGACGCAUCAACUAUCCGCGAAGCAUUGAUCUUCAGCGCCUUCCUUCGCCAGGACAGCUCGGUACCCGACAGUCAAAAGUACGACUCGGUGGAGGAAUGUCUUGAACUUCUGGAUCUACAGAGUGUAGCGGACGAGAUUGUACGUGGCAGUCCAACAGAACGCAUGAAGCGUCUCACGAUCGGUGUGGAGCUGGCUGCUGACCCGAAGGUGCUGUUCCUGGACGAGCCCACAAGUGGAUUGGAUGCACGCUCGGCCAAGCUCAUCAUGGACGGAGUACGCAAAGUUGCAGACACUGGUCGCACCAUCGUGUGCACAAUCCACCAACCUUCCACUGAGGUGUUUAUGCUUUUCGACAAGCUCUUGCUGCUGAAGCGUGGAGGUCAAACGGUGUUCUUUGGCGAUCUGGGCAAGCGAGCGCAGAAGAUGGUGGACUACUUCGAGGCGAUUCCGGGCGUGACACCUCUUCGUGAAGGCUACAACCCGGCUACGUGGAUGUUGGAGUGCAUCGGUGCAGGUGUGAGCCACGUGCACGACAACCCGGUGGACUUUGUCGACGUGUUCAACUCUAGCGAGAUGAAGCACGAGAUGGAUAUGCAAUUAUCAUCAGAGGGUGUGAGUGUGCCAGUUCCGGGAUCCACAGAGCUGGUGUUCGCGAAGAAACGUGCAGCCAACUCGUGGACGCAAAUGACGGCGCUGGUUGAGCGAUUCAUGAACUUGUACUGGCGUACUCCAUCGUACAACUUGACUCGAUUUGCCAUUGCGCCACUUCUUGGCUUGCUCUUCGGCUUGAUCUACGUCAGCGUGUCGUACACCUCGUACCAAGGCGUCAACGCCGGUGUUGGAAUGGUCUUCAUGACGACGUUAUUCAAUGGUGUAGUUGCCUUCAACAGCGUUCUACCGAUCUCGUCGCAAGACCGCGAGGCGUUCUACCGUGAAAGAGCAGCACAAACGUACAACUCGCUCUGGUACUUCGUUGGUUCUACCGUCGCUGAGGUCCCCUACGUCUUCGGCUCCAUGCUGCUGUACACGGUCAUCUUUUACUGGUUCGUUGGCUUUACUGGGUUCGGGACUGCAGUUCUCUACUGGAUCAACACGUCGUUGUUGGUUCUACUGCAGACUUAUCUCGGUCAACUGCUGGUGUACGCGCUGCCGAGUGUGGAGGUUGCAGCUCUGUUGGGAGUCAUGCUCAACUCGAUUCUCUUCCUCUUCAUGGGCUUCAACCCGCCGGCCAACGCCAUUCCGUCCGGCUACAAGUGGCUGUACACGAUUACUCCCCAGCGCUACUCGCUUGCAAUCCUUUCUGCCCUCGUGUUCAGCAAAUGUGACGAUCUCCCCACGUACGACACGGCCACGCAGCAAUACGUGAAUGUCGGCAGUGACGUUGGCUGUCAGCCGAUGACAAACCCACCCGUGAGCAUUGACCACAUCACGAUCAAGGAAUACGUUGAAUCCGUCUUCGAGUACAAACACGAUGAGAUCUGGCGCAACUUCGGGAUCGUCCUCGCGUUUAUUGUGGGCAUUCGCUUCCUCUCUCUGCUUUCGCUGCGCUUCAUCAACCACCAAAAGAGAUAG